AAGACUUUGUUGUAGUAGGUAAAGGUAAGUCUUGAAAAUUGAUACUCUUCAGCUUGUUGACGUUGAGCUUGUGGACGGAUCGAAUCUAGAAAUGAGGUCAUACCUACGAUUGAUAAGAACUCGCAGUUUGGACAGGAUGAGGAUUGUUUGUUCUUGAUCCAGCUUGAGCUUACAUACCAACACUUACUUCGAGGCUAGCACACCAGUAACAACAACAAAGAUGUAUGCCAAAAUCGCUGCCCAAUACGGCGUGGGUGCGGACCUACGUCCGGAAGAGCAAACCUCUCAGGCGGCCUCUUUCGGAUUCAAUCGUAUACGCGCAGAGUUGAACGCAGUGCGCACGUCCAUGCCAAAAUUGUCGCCGGAACAAGAGGAGCGCUUGAGCUACUUGCAGGCUGCGGUGGGAUCGCAUGGUCAAAGUCGGAGAUUUGGAGGGACGAAUAGUAGAAGGAAAGUUCCUUGGCAUCAGAGGGUGAAUACAGGUAUUGAGAUUGUUUGGUGGAACUGGAAGUAUCUUCAAGUACAGCUCAAUGUGAUGGAUGCACUUGUUGACUUUGAUUGAACACUCACAUAGAUACUUACACUUUCACAUUCAUUCAAUUUCAUGAGCUCUACAACUACAUUCCCUUCCUCAUCUCCACCAGGUGACACCGACGGCCUCUCGACCAGCUACAGUGCGACCGAGUAUGGGUCCCUCAGCAGUGCUUCCGCUAUCGGUCGUUCAGCCACUCUGCCCAACGGUUGGACGCCAGUCGACAGGCCAACUGCCAGUGCCGCCAAGAUGAUGCUCGAACGUCCAUUAACAGGCCCUGUGGAUGUGCAGCUGCCUCCUUCUAACAGCAUGGACAACCAAGUGCAGCAUCCACCGAGAUUCACAGGCAGUAAGCUGGUUUCCAAAGCGAGUUUAGCUGCGAUGAAAACAAAUGAGAACAAACUGAAAAGUGGACAUCAAAUAGGAGGCAGCUCAUCCUCAACAGCAUCUAGUAGUGCUAAUUUCAAUAACAAACAAGCAGCGCCACCGGUAGCGUCACCAGGAGACUCAACAGGACCUCUAGGAGCAUCAAAAGACGCUCCCAGUGUGCUAGUCCUCUCACUUCCGUGUGAAGCAGCGGGUGGAGGCGCGGGUGGCUCAACACCACAAGAAGACCACAACCAUAUCUUCCAAGAGAGACCAAAAAGCGCUCAGAAUUCUGUAGUUGGUUCAAGUAAGCGUGGAGGUACCAGCAUCAAACACGAUCAACAAUUCGACGAAAGAAGAGCAACAGAGCAACUUUUAGAUGCGCAUCUCGAUAGUCUAUUUGAACAACAAAAUCCCCUGGCUGCCGCUGCUGCCGCAAGUAAACAGCAGAAUCCUGGAGCUACCGCAACCUCAAGUUUCUACUUACCGGGUAGAAGUGUUAAGGGUAGGCUAAAGGUGCUUUUGUUACCGUUUGUUAUGGCUCUCUCCCUUAGGUGGGGACGGCCAGAACAAACGGGAUAAACGAACACCAAAAACCUACCUCUAAAAGUGACACUGUCGUUUCUGGGACAGGCAGAAGCAAGCUAGUCCGUUUCGAGAAGCAUACGCUUCAUUCAGCAGGUAGCGUUCCGAAAGUGGAUUUCUCAGCGGCUUCAUCUGUGGCUUCUUCUAUUAAGGCUUGAGGAAAUCCAUCUUCCCCAGCAUCCUGGUCCCGUUUCUCAGGGGCAAACGGGCACCAAGAUGCACUCCAAGAUGGAUUUCUGCUAGUUCUAAUUCUAGGAGAAGAAGUAAUCGAGGAACUGGAGUCAGUACAAGGCAACGCGGUAAGAUAGCAAACGCUUCCUCGAAUGAGGGAAACGGCGCAUAUCCAUAUUCUCCUCCAGAAGAACCUCAACCUGUGCUGUUUUACGAAGGCCAGAACUUUAGUAGUAGAGCUUCCGACGAGCAUGCUGCAGAGAACUACGGAGGCGGAGGAGGUCCUCCAAAAACAACUCUUACUUCCAGCACUAAAAGGACUUCCACCUCCGCCCCCACCCGAACAACCACCCAAAAAUCUGGAACGACGAAGACCUCCAUCCAACCCGGUGAUUCCAUUUCCCAAGUUUUGGUCAUAGAUGAAAAUUGUGCUGAGCAUGAACCUCCUGUAGCAAACAACGACUUGGAGGAGCUUCACAUCUGGGAACGCCGAGUAGAGGCCGAGAGGAAAAAGCGCAUUGCAGCAGAAGCCGAAUUGAAACGCAUGGAGAAGCUGUUGCAAGGACAGUCGAGACCGAGGGUGAGGAGCUGAGGUGUCUUUUGGGGGUGUCGGAAGGGGGGAAUGGGAUAGCGGUCAUCAACAUGGACUGAAGACUUGUGAAAUGAAUAUGAAUGCACACAACGACAACGAGUAAGACGCGAUUAGUUUUGAAACUCUCUGUUUGUCUUUAAGAGGCUCACGCGCCUCGUGCGAAGUCUGUUGUCGGUUUUGAAUCUGAUCUGGAGUGAUGGCACUUGUGGAAAGUCUGUGCGAGUAGAAGAGUGGUUUCGGAGAUUUUUUAGAUUGCGUGAAAACCGGAAAAGAG